AUGGCUACGUCCCCAGCAGAUAAGGUAGAAGCUGCAGUGAUGGCUGCUAUAGAUGCUGGGUACCACCACUUCGAUUGUCCCUGCGUGCACCAGAAUGAGAAUGAAGCUGAAGGGAUUCAGCAGAAAAUCAAGGAAGGUGCUGUGAAACGAGAGGAGCUCUUUGUGGCCAGUAAGCUGUCAUACAUGUUUUAUGAAAAUCAUCUGGUGAAGGGAGCCUGCUGGAAGUCUCUUGCUGACCUGAAACUGGAUUACCUGGAUCUCUACCUCACGCACUGGCCUCCAUUGACUUUCCUACGUAGGAGGGGACCCUUUCCCAUAGUUGACAAAGGCAUGUCUAUACCCAGUAACACCGAUGUUCUACAUACGUGGCAGGCCAUGGAAGAGCUGCUGGAUGCUGGUCAGGUGAAAGCCACUAGCGUCUCCAAUUUUAACCAUGAGCAGGUUGAACAAAUUUUGAACAAGCCUGGACUGAAAUACAAGCCUGCAAACAAACAGACUGAAUACCAUCCAUAUCUGACCCAGGAGAAGCUGAUCAAGUACUGCCAAUCCAAAGGGAUCGCUGUGACAGCAUACAGCCCCCUUGGUUCUCCUGACAGGCCAUGGGCUAAGCCAGAGGAUACACAGCAUAAAGGACAGCUAAUGACAAGGGAUGCAAAGGACAGCCUCGCUCUUCAUUCCCUGCGAACUACGUUGCCCUCCUGUGGUGUUAAUCGGUACUGCAGGUACUGGCCAUCAGAAUUUCACGAGAUGCUUACUUGGAUUAAGUGGAAUAUGAAAGCCUUGUAA